AUGGCUGGCACUUUCUGUCGUCUCCUGGCUGGCCGUACAACCGCUGCGCUCUUCGCAGCAGCUGGCACGGGGGUGCUCACCACUGGGUACCUCCUCAACCAGCAAAAUGUGAAGGCUGCUGUUCAAGAGAAGCGGAAGCUUUUCCCUCCCAGCGCUGACUAUCCGGAUCUUCGCAAACACAACAACUGCAUGGCUGAGUGCCUUACUCCAGCCAUUUAUGCUAAGCUAAGGGACAAGAUGACUCCCAAUGGCUACACCCUGGACCAGUGCAUCCAAACCGGGGUGGACAAUCCUGGCCAUCCUUUCAUUAAAACUGUGGGCAUGGUGGCAGGUGAUGAAGAAUCCUAUGAGGUGUUUGCUGAGAUUUUUGACCCUGUCAUUAAAGUGAGACAUAAUGGCUAUGAUCCAUGCACAAUGAAGCAUCACACUGACCUGGAUGCAUCCAAGAUCACCCAUGGUCAGUUUGAUGAGCACUACGUCCUCUCAUCACGUGUGCGCACUGGACGUAGCAUCCGUGGCCUCAGCCUUCCUCCUGCCUGCACCAGGGCAGAGAGGAGAGAGGUGGAAAAUGUUGUGGUCACUGCCCUCUCUGGGCUGAAAGGAGACCUUUCUGGAAAGUACUACAGCUUGACCAACAUGUCCGAGAGGGAUCAGCAGCAGCUUAUUGAUGAUCAUUUUCUCUUUGACAAGCCAGUGUCUCCUUUGCUAACAUGUGCUGGGAUGGCUCGUGACUGGCCAGAUGCCAGAGGAAUCUGGCAUAACAAUGACAAGACAUUUCUCAUUUGGAUUAACGAAGAGGACCACACCAGGGUGAUCUCCAUGGAGAAGGGUGGCAACAUGAAACGGGUGUUUGAAAGAUUUUGCCGUGGCUUAAAAGAGGUUGAAAGAUUAAUUAAAGAGAGGGGCUGGGAGUUCAUGUGGAACGAACGCCUCGGGUACGUUCUGACUUGUCCUUCCAACCUGGGAACUGGUUUACGUGCUGGAGUCCAUGUUAAGCUGCCCAAGCUUAGCAAGGAUCCUAGGUUUCCAAAAAUCCUUGAGAACCUGAGGCUGCAAAAGCGUGGCACUGGUGGAGUGGACACGGCAGCUGUAGCAGAUGUAUAUGAUAUCUCCAACCUGGACCGCAUGGGUCGCUCAGAGGUGGAACUAGUCCAGAUUGUCAUUGAUGGGGUCAAUUAUCUUGUUGACUGUGAGAAGAAACUGGAAAGAGGACAGGACAUCAAAGUGCCACCACCAUUGCCACAGUUUGGCAGGAAGUGA